CCGAGGCGCCACGAACACCAGCGCCGCCACGACCAGCGUGAGCAAAACAGACACAACACAGAUUGCAGGAUGGCCAAGCGAAGUAGUCUAAAGCAUCGCCCCGCGACUGGCGAACCUACUUUGGAGCCUCUCGGAGAAGGCCCAACAAUCCGGUCUAAGGGGGAGAACGACGAGUACAUUCAGUCUUGGCUACAGCAGACACAAAAUUACCCUUCUCGUGCCCCGGAUCCAGACCAUAGAGAAGAAUGGUCGCAGAUGCUAGAGCACUUUCGACACAAGGCCCACGCGGACAGGCGCAGGAAGAGAUCAAGGUCUCCAUUAGUAACCGCGCCUGCAUCGCCCAAGACGGCGGAACCAGCGGAGCAUCGAUUCGAGAAAAGGGCUCGUCACAAGACCCGGGACGACAAAUACGACUACAAAACACCCGCCGGCCAGAAACUUGUUUCGAGUAAGGAGCUUCGUGAACGCGGGAGGAGAGGCACCAUCAAGGUCCGCGACAAAGAGACUAGAAAAGGCCACCCCACACGUCAUGGAGACUCCGACGUCAUGGCCAGCCAUAAGCUUGAAAUGGGUAUGGGUCAACGCCCAAAGCACGUUGGGUCUCAGACAGCCUAA